AUGAUACAUGACAUUUCGAUAAGGAUGAAGGAAGAGGAAAAGCUUGCCGCCUGGAGGCCAACGACGGGCGGCGAGUGGCCGGCGGCCGAUCAAUGCCCGGUUGCCAGCUGGCGUCGGCACCGCUUGCGCCGCGUGAUCUCUCCGCGUGAACGCGAAGCGACGUCGCGUACACCAUCCGGAAAGGUAUCCACCGUAGAAAAGGGUUUUCCUAGUGAGUAA